CUAUUUUUGACCAGAGCCCUAUGAGCUCUGUUCUAAAGUAGUGCAUUAAGUAAUAGGCUGUAUUUUGGGACGCCCACUACACUGGUAGUAAAGUGGGAGGGACUCCAGGGUCCCGUUAGAAGUGAGAACAUCUGUACCUGCGAGCCGAGUGUCUCCACAGCCGAGCCAUGUCGAAGACCGCUGACCACCGAAAACACCUCGUUCUUGAGAACUACAUCGGAGGAAAGUUCGUCCCGUGCUCCCGACACAUCGACUCCUACGACCCUUCCACCGGGGAGGUCUACUGCAAAGUGCCCGACAGCGGAACGGAUGAGGGUGAGAUCUGUCUGUGCACCAGUAGGAUCUACGUAGAGAGGAGUAUUUACCCAGAGUUCCUGAAGAGGUUUGUGGCGGCCACACGGGAAUGGAAGACUGGCUCUCCCUCCGACCCUGACAACAAUAACGGAGCUCUGGUCAGCAGAGAACACCUGGAGAAGGUGCGUAGCUUCGUGACCCUGGCUCGGUCGGAGGGUGCCACGGUGCUGUGUGGGGAGGGCGAGGACCCUCUGGUGCUCCCGGAACGUAACACAGGCGGCUACUUCAUGCGUCCCACCGUCAUCGCCGGCGUAGCUGAGUCGUCCCGUGUGAUGCAGGACGAGAUUUUCGGCCCCGUCGUCUGUGUCAACCCCUUCGACGGUGAAGACGAGGCUGUCGCUAAGGGCAACGGGGUACGCUAUGGCCUGGCGGCGACUGUGUGGACGCGUGAUGUCGGGCGAGUGCACCGGGUGGCGAGGAGGUUAGAGGCAGGGCUUGUCUGGACCAACUGUUGGCUGGUCAGAGACUUGAACCUACCGUUCGGAGGCAUGAAGAACUCAGGGGUGGGGAGGGGGAGGAUAAGGCGAGGGAGGGAUAGCUAUCACUUCUUUACCGAGGUGAAGACCAUCACUGUUAAACACUGAGAGAUGGGGAGGGAG